AAAAAAUAUACCAUACAAGAAAAAUAAAAUUUCUGUUUUGGUUUGGCCCACUCUAUUCUUCUCAUUCUUCUUGGUUUUUUCUUUUGAUUUCGCAACUGACGAUCUCAGAGUUCUUGCUCUGGUAUCCGAUCAAUGGACACCAUUUAGACACAAUCAGAUAAAACUUUUGCAGAACCCAAAUCUAAAGAAGAAAAGUUUCUAAGGUGUCAGAGAGUUUUGAUCAUGGCGGUUGUUGAGAAUGUUGCUGGGUCAUCGAAUGGGACUGACUCAAACGUACCAAACGGAACCGAUCAGUCAAAAUCGAACAACACUAGCCCUUUGUUGAAGUCAAAUGAUCAAAAUAUCCACGUUAAUCAGCAACAGCAACAGAAGAUAUCACCACCAACAACUGUUCAGGCCAACGGUCCGACUGUUAAUAACAAGGCUCAUCAGAUGAGUGCAAUCCAACAGCGGUACAGCAUCAACGGCAAUGGUAUGGAGGAUCAUCACCGUCACAGAGUGAAGAGAGGUGUGGAUUUCAGGGGAAAUGGGGGAGAUGAUGAUGAUAAUGAUGAUGGUGGGGAAGGGUUUAAUAGGGAGAUGAGGGAUUUGGCGGAAAUGCUGUCUAAAUUGAAUCCGAUGGCUGAAGAAUUUGUGCCGCCGUCGCUCGUGAACCACCAUGGUUUGGUGCCACAGUCUGGUGGUCAGUUUGGUUAUAAUACCAACAAUUUUGUAGUGCACGCUAACUCUGGACUUGCCUAUGGAAAUUCCACUAGACUGGUAUUUCUCUGAUUAUCUUCUUUUAUUUUUUUCCCCUUAUGCACCGUUUGCCUGCUGAGAAAAUGUUGUUCUGUUGUACGAGGUAGCGAAAUGUUGAUACUUACCUUCUAUUUCCUUUAUGGGGUCAGAUAAAAAAUAGGAAAUUUUGCUUAACCGAGUACUAUUCAGAUUAGUUGAGUUCAUGUAUAAUCAGAAACAGUCGGAGAGAAAUAUAGAUAUCCAUAAAUAAAACCCUAUAUUUCUUAGCCACCAAACGGAGGAUUGGCUAUUCCAUUGGAUGUUCGUCUGUUUAAGUUUUAGUUUCAUGAAGUAUCUUGUGCUGAUGGUUUGGUUUCUAGAAGAAGACUAACUAUAGUCACGGGAAGAGAAGGAUGAACAGCCGAACAAGUAUGGCACAGCAUGA